CAGUAGGCUCCUACCUCUGUUUACACACAAGCAUCGAAUCAUACGAUUCAUACCUUCUACAAACGCUGCGUUUCUGUCCAUCUCCGUGUUCAAAGCCUCAAGCAGUGGCAUCUUUGUUAGCCAUGGAGGGGGAGACGACAAAUAUUGAGAGAGUAAGGAAAGAAGCUUCUCAGCUAGUUGCAGUGUUGAAAGAGAUGAAAGAAGGAUUGGAUGCGGUGAGGAGUAAAGUGCAAGCUCUAACAGCAAAGGUGAAAGCAGAUCAUUUUCCAACAGCAGAUGGGAUGAGCUAUCUCGAGGCAAAACAUUUGUUGCUCCUAGAUUAUUGCCAGUCACUAGUCUAUUAUUUACUCCGAAAGGCAAAAGGUCUCUCAAUUGAAGGACAUCCUGUUGUUCAUAGCCUUGUAGAGAUAAGAUUAUUUUUGGAAAAGAUUCGACCCAUCGACAAAAAACUUCAAUAUCAAAUCCAGAAGCUGACAAGGGUUACUGGAAAUGCUGUGGAGAAAGUAAGCUCAGGUGAAAAGGAUUCAGAAACUCAGAACACAGAGGAUUUGUUGAAAUAUCGCCCAAACCCAGACAUGCUGAUUAGCAAGACAGAUAUGACUUCUGAGGGUGGUGUCGGUGGUGUGUAUCGCCCACCAAAAUUUGCACCUGCAUCUAUGGAAGAGGAUAAGAUGUCGAAACAAGAAAGAAACGUUUUGAGAAAGGAGAAAGAGACUCUAAGACAGGCUAGGCAGAGUGCAUACGUAAGAGAACUGAUGGAUGAUUUAGAGGGGAGACCUGAAGAGGUGAGAGAAAUCGUUGGAACUGAAAGUAGAGAACUCAUCAGAUACAAGGAAAAGAUGGAACAGCGGGCACGGCAAGAGGAGGAACUUUUUACUCGCGCUCCUCUUACAAGAACAGAGAAAAAGAAAGAGAAACACUUAAGGAAGUCGAGAAAUGGGCUGCUUGGUUUGACAGACAGUUUUUAUGAUGAGAUUAAAACUCUACCCAUGGAGGAAGAUUUUGGUGAGAAAAUGUCAGGCUUCAAUAACAGUGGAGGGAGAAAAUUUAAGAAGAGAAAGAGGAAACAUUGAGGAGAAGAAACUCAAAUAUUUGGCAUUUGGAGCAAUUGGAUGUAGCAUGGCAGUCUUCAAUGGCUGUAAAGUAUAAUUUUGAUGUCUCAAUGAUAUCUAGAUUAUCUUGUUCUAUUCUUUACUAUUUUUUUUUAUUCAAAUCUUGGUGCUGGAUUAGAUCUAAUAUUUUUUUUCUUCGAUUCAUACCAGGACUUGGGAUUUGAGAUUCUUUUUAAGAUGAAAUUUAGUUAUACACUUUGGAACA